AUGGAGAUUAUAACGUCAAAUAAAGGUUGUGAGAAUUUGUGUUACAACGGGUACAUGUAUGUUUUAAAGCAUUUUGGUAAAUCCAAAAUAACCUGGAGGUGUUCAAAAAGGUCCUCCUUUAAAUGUAUUGGAGAAUUAUAUACUAACAUUCAAAAAGAAGACCCUGUAUUGAAGUCCGAUCAUAACCACUUCGGAGAUAGUGAAAAGGUAGAUGUGGAAAAAGCACUAUGCAUUAUGAAAGAACAAUAA